GUCAAUUCUAUGGAAACACUGCAAAAUUAACGAGUUUACUAAAUUGGCAUGCAUCCAAAUAAAUUUCGAGUAUUUACCAAAAUUGUUAACAGUGUUCUUCAACAACGAGAGCAAAACUUUUUAAGACGUAACAUAUCCAAUGCCUGCAGUACUACGCAUUUUUACAAUGAAGGAAAUUUUACUAAAAGGACAAGCUACACCAGUCGCUUUUAUAGCACUCAAGAAGAGUUAACUUAUUUUAAGGCACACUUGAAGAAUUGCAGUAGCGCUGCAAGGAGGCAAUAUAUUUUAAUGAACCUGCGGGAACAAAAUGAGCAAAUGUACUAUCAAUACCUUUGUGAGAAUAUGACGGAAGUCUUGUCGUUAUAUUAUACGGUCAGUGAGUGUGAAGACAAUUGCUGCCAAAACUGUUACAAUAACCUAGCAAAGCAAAGACUACUGGAGUGUGCGAAUAAACUUGAUACGCCCAAUGCCGUUAAGUAUCUGCGCAAAUGCGUCAAGCGCAAAAAUCAAAUUAAUGCGGAACCCAUAGAUAUGCAAAAAUUAUUAAGUCAAGCCACACUGAACGUUGUAAAUCAGCUGAAUUCAAGAAACCAAUUUCCUAAUAGUCGCCAAUUUAGUAGAACUUGUAGUGUUCCAUUGGAACGACAACAAAACACAUUGCCAAAAAUUGUUGAUAAACAGCACUUGUUAAGUGAACGUACUAUGAUGGAUGUCGAUGAGCUAUGUGAAAAGCGAGAUAAGCAAAUUCAUGAGCUGCGCUCCUGCUUACACGAUUUUCAAGAUGUUUACGAUUAUGUGCAUCCAUGGCUCAGACCAUUUCGGGACAAGGGCUUGGCCGUCUUUACCAGUGGUGGCGACUCCCAAGGCAUGAACGCCGCUGUGCGGGCCUGUGUACGCAUGGCCAUCUACCUGGGAUGCAAGGUGUACUUUAUCCGCGAAGGCUAUCAGGGCAUGGUCGAUGGCGGUGAUUGCAUUCAGGAAGCCAAUUGGGCGUCGGUGUCGUCGAUUAUCCAUCGUGGUGGCACUAUUAUUGGCUCUGCACGUUGCCAGGACUUCCGUGAGCGUGCUGGCCGCUUGAAGGCUGCCAAUAAUUUGGUCCAACGCGGCAUUACCAAUCUGGUGGUGAUUGGCGGCGAUGGUUCAUUGACUGGCGCCAAUUUGUUCCGUCAGGAAUGGUCCAGCCUGCUCGAGGAGCUGUUGAAGAAUAACACCAUUACCAAUGAGCAGAAGGAAAAGUUCAAUGUGCUGCACAUUGUGGGCUUGGUGGGCUCGAUUGACAACGAUUUCUGUGGCACGGACAUGACAAUUGGCACGGAUACGGCGCUGCAUCGCAUUAUUGAAGCUAUUGAUGCUAUUUCAAGCACGGCCUAUUCACAUCAACGUACCUUUAUUAUGGAGGUCAUGGGGCGUCAUUGCGGUUAUUUACCCGUUGUAGCUGGCAUUAUAUCUGAAGCUGAUUAUGUAUUUCUGCCAGAGUAUCCGCCGCCACAAGAUUGGCCCGAUAGACUGACACUCAAACUGGAACAGGAGCGCAAGGCUGGUCAGCGCCUGAACAUUGUCAUUGUGGCUGAGGGCGCCAUGGAUCGUGAGGGCAACCCCAUUACGGCUGAGGAUGUGCGCAAGGUCAUCGAUGAGCGUCUAAAGCACGAUGCUCGCAUCACUGUGUUGGGUCAUGUGCAACGUGGUGGCAAUCCCAGCGCCUUCGAUCGUGUUCUGGCUUGCCGCAUGGGUGCUGAAGCUACGCUGGCUUUGAUGGAAGCCACACCCGAGUCGGUGCCAGUUGUCAUCUCCUUGGAUGGCAAUCAGACGGUGCGUGUGCCGCUCAUGGAGUGCGUAGAGCGUACUCAGGCUGUGGCCAAGGCCAUGAAGGAGCGCCGCUGGGCAGAUGCCGUCAAGCUGCGUGGUCGCUCCUUUGAGCGCAACUUGGAGACCUACAAGAUGUUGACACGCUUGAAGCCACCCAAGGAAUGCUUCGAUGCCGAGGGCAAGGGCAUUGAAGGCUACAGGCUAGCCGUCAUGCAUAUUGGUGCACCAGCUUGUGGCAUGAACGCAGCCGUGCGCAGCUUUGUGCGUAACGCCAUCUAUCGUGGCGAUUGCGUCUUUGGCAUCAACGACGGUGUUGAGGGUCUCAUUGCCGGCAAUGUGCGUGAGCUGGGCUGGUCUGAUGUGUCUGGCUGGGUGGGUCAAGGCGGCGCCUUCUUGGGCACUAAGCGCACGCUGCCUGAGGGCAAGUUCAAGGAGAUUGCUGCACGUUUGAAGGAAUUCAAAAUCCAGGGUCUGCUGAUUAUUGGUGGCUUUGAGAGUUAUCAUGCCGCUGGACAAAUCGCGGAUCAGCGCGACAAUUAUCCAGAGUUUUGCAUACCCAUUGUUGUGGUGCCCUCCACCAUAUCGAACAAUGUGCCCGGCACUGAGUUCUCGCUGGGCUGCGAUACUGGCCUGAAUGAGAUUACCGAAAUUUGCGAUCGCAUACGUCAGUCGGCGCAGGGCACGAAGCGUCGUGUGUUCGUCAUUGAGACUAUGGGCGGCUAUUGUGGCUAUUUGGCCACCCUAGCUGGUCUGGCUGGUGGCGCUGAUGCUGCCUAUAUCUUUGAGGAGAAGUUCUCCAUCAAGGAUCUGCAACAGGAUGUCUAUCACAUGGCUUCUAAGAUGGCUGAGGGUGUAUCGCGCGGUCUUAUCUUGCGCAAUGAGAAGGCAAGCGAGAACUACACUACCGAUUUCAUUUAUCGCCUGUACUCGGAGGAGGGCAAGGGUCUCUUCACCUGCCGCAUGAAUAUUUUGGGUCACAUGCAACAGGGUGGCUCACCCACGCCCUUCGAUCGCAACAUGGGCACCAAAAUGGCUGCCAAGUGUGUGGACUGGCUGGCCACGCAGAUUAAGAACAACAUUGGCAAGGAUGGCAUUGUCAACUGUAAAUCAAACGAUACCGCAACACUGCUGGGCAUUGUAUCGCGUCAGUAUCGCUUUUCGCCGCUGGUUGAUCUCAUAUCCGAGACGAACUUUGACCAACGCAUACCCAAGAAGCAAUGGUGGCUGCGCUUGCGUCCACUGCUGAGAAUUUUGGCCAAACACGAUUCCGCAUACGAGGAGGAGGGCAUGUAUAUUACCGUUGAGGAGGAAUGCGCUACCGAUGCAGUUGCCUAGAAGGCAAUCACUUGCAAUCCAACCUAUCAACAACCGACAUGAAACAAUUAAUACAAUUUAUCAAAUGCCCAGUGCACAAAAAAAACCGUUACACUAUCUCAAUGUACUUCUUUGUUGUAAAACUCGUUGAAGUAGAAAGUUGAAAAUUCAUUUCUGUGGGUUAAUGUUACAUUAGCCGACUGGUUGG